AACAUUGGGCAGUAUUAAAACCUAGCUACAAUAUAGAAAAUGAAAUAUUAACAUAAUGUAAUAAAAAUAAAAAACUCAGGGUAGGAGCUAAAAAUACUUAAUUCAAUAUGAAUUGAAUUUAGGAGUUUACUAAAGGAACAGUUAGACUGUUAAGUCAACAACUAAAAGGUAUAAAAUAAUUUUACUUGUCAUUAUAUAUAAAUAGAUUGGGGAAGGUCUGCUCACUGUAAAAUAUGAAAUGCAUUCCUCGGAUCCACAAGUAAAACUGAUGGAUGUUGGAGGAGUUGAAUAUACAAGAGAGUGUUCAUCACUGGAUGAUGGUGUCAUUGAACUCUGCAUUCCAAUCUCUCUGACAUUGACAUGUAGGGUUGGCAAAAUCCAGGAGUCAAUAAUGAGAAACCACACUGCAAUAACAACAUUCAUCCUUCUGGGACUGACAGAAGAUCCUCAGCUGCAGCUCUUGCUUUUCCUUUUCCUCUUUCUCACCUACACAUUGAGUGUAGCCGGAAAUCUGACCAUCAUCACCCUCACCCUGCUGGAUCUCCGCCUUAAAACCCCCAUGUACUUUUUCCUCCAAAAUUUCUCUCUCCUAGAAAUCUCAUUUACAACUGCCUGUAUUCCAAGAUUCCUAUACAAUAUAUCAACUGGGGACAGAACAAUUACUUAUAAUGCAUGUCUCACUCAAAUAUUUUCUACAGAUCUUUUUGGGAUAACUGAGUUCUUUCUCUUGGCAGCCAUGGCAUAUGAUCGCUAUGUGGCCAUCUGCAAACCCCUGCAUUAUAUGACAAUCAUGAGCAACACACUCUGCAAAACAAUGGUUGUCUGCUGUUGGGGGGCAGCACUUCUGAUUAUCCUCCCUCCAUUCAGCUUGUGUUUUCAUCUGGAAUUCUGUGAUUCUAAUGUCAUUGAUCAUUUUACCUGUGACGCCUCUACUCUCCUGAAGAUCUCAUGCUCAGACACCUGGUUAAUUGAGCAGAUGGUUAUAGCCUGUGCUGUGCUCACUCUCAUCAUCACUCUUGUAGGUGUGGUUCUCUCCUACAUAUACAUCAUAAGGACGAUUCUAAAAUUCCCUUCUGCCCAACAAAGAAAAAAAGCCUUUUCUACCUGUUCUUCCCACAUGAUUGUCGUUUCCAUCAGCUAUGGCAGCUGCAUCUUCAUCUACAUCAAACCAUCUGCCAAGGAAGAGGUAAAUCUCAAUAAAGGAGUGGCAUUGCUUAUUUCUUCCAUUUCACCAGUGCUGAAUCCUUUUAUAUAUACUCUGAGGAAUAAGCAAGUUAAACUAGCCUUUCAGGACUCACUCAAAAAAAUUGCAUUUCUUUUAAGAAAGUAAAAUGUGUCUCUUGAUAAAGGCACUCAAAAGAUGCACAUCUACCUUAUUUUUCCAUACAGCUGAUAACCAAUAUUAUAGUUUCUUAGCUUUUACACCAAUCAGGUUGACGUCACUGGCAUUUAAUCCUUCAUUUUCCCUUCAAUUCAUAUACUUAGCAACUAAUUAUUGAUCACUGCAUUGUGACGAACCAAAUAUAUCAGUUUUAAUCCUUUACCUAGAAUCUACCUAAUUCGUUCCUUUUUCAACUUUUAGAUGUUUUUCUCACUUAUUUUACAGUAUUGGUGUAGA